AUGCGCCCGCACGCGCGCGCCCCCGGGCCGCUGCCCCCGGAGCCGCCCGGACGCCCUGCACCAGCCGCUGCCUGCCGCGCCCCGUCCUGGCUGCGCCCGAGCCGCCGCACUGGCUCGCGCCCCGCGCUGCGUGACGCCGUCCGCGCGCCCUUGACCGCGCCGUGCCUGGCUCCGCUCGCCCCGCGCUGGCGCCCGCACGCCGCGGCCGCCUGCUCGGGCCGCUCAGCGCCCGAGCCCCGCUGCUCCGCGCUCGCCUGGGCCGGCCUCCGCGUCAAGCCGCCCUGGGCCGAGCCGCAACCGCCGCCCGUCGUCAGCCUCCACCUCUGGCCCCUCGCUCCAACGCGCCGCAGCCGCGCUGCCUGCAGCCGCUCGCCACGCCUGCUCUCACGCGCUGAGCCGCGCGCCGCUGCCGCCCUGCGCUCGCCCUUGCGCGUCGCCGCUCCGCCACCAAAGCCGCCGCUUGCCCAGAGCCGAACCGCCCGCUGCCACGCGUUCGCUCAGGCGCCGCCCCGCCUCACUCCGGCCUCACGCGCCUUCGCCUGCUCCGCACUGCUCGGGGUCCACGCCUGCACUCGCCGUCUUGGCUCCCGCACGCACUUCACCCGCGCGCCGCUCGCCCCACCUGGGCCGCGCCGCCUGGGCCUGCUGCUCGUCCACCUGCCGCCGCUCGGCUCCCCUCGCCCAGCACGCCCCGCGCGCCUGCCGCGCAUGCGCCCGCACGCGCGCGCCCCCGGGCCGCUGCCCCCGGAGCCGCCCGGACGCCCUGCACCAGCCGCUGCCUGCCGCGCCCCGUCCUGGCUGCGCCCGAGCCGCCACACUGGCUCGCGCCCCGCGCUGCGUGACGCCGUCCGCGCGCCCUUGACCGCGCCGCGCCUGGCUCCGCUCGCCCCGCGCUGGCGCCCGCACGCCGCGGCCGCCCGCUCGGGCCGCUCAGCGCCCGAGCCCCGCUGCUCCGCGCUCGCCUGGGCCGGCCUCCGCGUCCAGCCGCCCUGGGCCGAGCCGCAACCGCCGCCCGGCGCCUUGCGCCGCCUACUCCUGCGCGCUUGGGGGCCGCCCGGCCUGCUCCUGUGGUGCUUGUGCUGA